GGCCGCGGCCUGCGCCUUUAAGGGGCUCCCUGUUCGGCUCGGAUGGGCCUGCGCCUUUAAGAGGCGCCGUUCUCGGGUCGGCUCGGCUCCGCCGCCCGCGCCUUUAAGAGGCGGCCUGCUCGGCUUGGCCCGGCCGCCCCAUCGCGAUGAGGAUCAGCGUUAAACUUCUGCACGGAGUCGAGUGCGGCCUUGAGGUUCCUGAAGACGAGGCAGUCUCUGCCUUGAAGGUGCUGAUCGAACAGGAGCUGAAGAUACCAAGAGUCCAGCAGCGGCUACUAUACAAGGGCAAGGCACUGUCAGCAGACGAGCACCGGCUGACGGAUUACGGCGUGCACACAGGUGCCAAGCUGAACCUGGUGGUGAAGCCGGCUGACCGGCCCUCACCCGAGGGGACUGCCCAAACCGGGCACCCCCAGGCCUGGCAGCAGGUGGCCCGUGUCCUGGAGAGGCACUUCGCCCCGGCUGAUGCCGAGAAGGUCCUGGAGCAGCUGCAGAAGGAUUACGAGAGGAAACUACGCCUGUUGAGCCUGGAUGACGUGGAGCGGAUCUCCACGCGCCUUCUCCAUCCUGACACCGCUGAGGCGAUGGACCUCUCCUUCAUGGAGUGAGGGAGCCUCCUUCCCCUCACACUAGCCCAUCUCCACACCUCGGUCACUCCACUUUCCUCCUGGCCUCAGAAACGGCCUGCCCCCUCUCCCCCGCCCCCACCACACCUCACUGCGGAAUGUCGUGCUUUGAGCUGCUCGGAACCACUGGGAUGAAAACGCAGUGACUGCUCAAAACGAAAAUUAAAGGAAUAAUUCCAAG